AUGGCGCAGCAGGAGUACGUGGAGGGGAGGCUGCUGGAUGGCUUCCUGCUGCUGGCGGCCGGCGGGUCCGGACAACCCGAGGGGGUGAUUACCGUGAACCUGUCCUCUUUGCAGAUCGUGGACAUCGCCGAAGAGGACUUGUCCUUCUUCACCCACCUCGACAGGGUGGACCUUAGCGACAAUCAGUUGG